AUGAGCUCCGAGUUCAACAGGAGACUUCACGUCAAACUCCAAGGUGGAGAACGAUGGAGGGAGACACCUGGGUCCAUCAUUGACCUUAAGCCUCAACAGAUGAGAACCACCCGCAAGGUUUCUGUCUGGCCUGUGGGCCUAGUUGGUGGGCGCCGCUAUGAACGUCCAUUGGUGAAAAAUGGCAAAGUUGUCGGCUGGUACACCGGGUGGAGAGAAGACAGGCCUUUUGCCAUCGACAUGGCAGGAUUUGCUGUGAGUCUGCAAGUCAUCUUGUCCAAUCCUAAAGCAGUAUUUAAGCGCCGUGGAUCUCAGCCAGGGAUGCAGGAAUCUGACUUUCUAAAGCAGAUAACAACAGUCGAAGAACUGGAACCAAAAGCUAACAACUGCACAAAGGUUCUCGUGUGGCACACUCGGACAGAGAAAGUCAAUCUAGCCAAUGAGCCCAAGUACCACCUGGACACAGUGAACAUUGAGGUGUAG